CUCUGCUUGAUCUGGCUGGGCGGCACACAUCUCCUCAGGAGCACUUUUUUCGCAUUCAUACUCCAAUUGAGCUGUUUGCUCUGAGUCGUGUGGGAUAAGGUGCACAACACCCUAAAAGGCUGCCCAGCGUAGGUUUGCAGAUUGGUUCUCAUAAGCAAACAAUGAGGAUUUUUUGUACUGAGACGUCUAAUAGCAGCAAAGCUGCAGAAAGCAAUAGAAAAACUGUCAAAUCAUUACUGGCUGUGAUUUCCUUCAAAAUUCCAUCAAUAGGUAACAGCAACUUCAUUGUAGUAAGCUACCAAAAUUUGGGCGGAUGUUAGAAAUAAUGCAGGCAUUUCUCAGAGCCCUGCUCAGGGAUCAAAUUGGGAGCUACACGACGCACAUGGCACCCUUAAAACUGUUCCCUCAGCUGGGGGCAGAGGGAGAGAGGAUCAGACGCUAGUUUUUAGGACGGGGUCCCACGUUUAGAAGUACCAAGACCAAUGCAACCGUUCUAAUAUUGUAACAGUGUCAGACAACUGCUUGGCUGUGGCACACAAAUCUGAAGAUCCUUCAGACAGGGACAGCUGGGCUAAGCUCAAAACCUUUUCUCAUACGAUGUCUAAUCUGCAUUAAACUUCAGCUCCAUUUAUACGAUUAGGCUGGCCACAGCGUACCUAAAGACUUUGCCUGUGGUAUUGUGCUGGAGUCUGAUAGUGUGUUGUAUUACUAAUGUUCCAAGAGUAAACACACUUGUAGGAAACAGCUAUAGUUCAAGGUUGCACUUUAAAAAAAAUAAAUGUUUCAUCAGUCUUAGCAAAGGAACAAACGGCAAUAACACUCUGUAUCAUAUUUUACAAAGCUUCAAAAGAACAAUGUCCCGUUGAGUGAAAUUCAGUAGCAUUCUGUAAACAUUAAUUUAAGGAAAUCAAUAGCCUCUGUGAGCUAAAGCCAUAUUGCAAGAUAAACUGGCUGGAGUGCUACUUUGUCAAACAGAUUUUAGUUUUCUCGGCUAGAUAAAGACGGUUUCAAAACGGGGUAGCGUGUUGCAACCAAGGUUUGAAAACUAUGUGGCCUUCAAACAGUCUGCUUGUUCCUACCACAAAGCUGGAUAAACAUACUUUAAAAAUGAUAAGAUUGGGUCAGGAUUGAUUUUACUUUCAAAUUUUAUAUAAAGUAGAAUUCUUGGUGAAUGUUUGUUUGGAUUUUUUUUAUCCUAAUUAUGAGCACAAAUAAACAAGUGCAGCACAGACAGCUCAAGAUGUCAGGCAGCCAGGAGAGGUUAAAUCAUCCAGA